GUUUUUCCGAGUUGUUGACGUGAUCGUUUCAGCACAUCGUAUAUUUAUACAUAUAUAUACUGCAUAUGUUUCCGAAGUCAUUUUUCUGGACCAUAUACAGUGCAUGCUUGGUUGCAGUUCAUGGGCGACAGUGAAAAAGAAAAGUUCGAACAGUAUCAUAGAAGAUUGUUGAUCGUGGAAUCAUAGAAGUGUCGAUGGAAAUGAUGAUGAACGACAGUGCUGAGCACCAUCACAUACACCUGGAUGUUCAUAUCAUGACACACGAUUAUGACAUGGACUCCAGUUAUGGAGCGAAAUUCGUUUUUGGUCAUUUAUUGGUGGGAAUUGGAAUGUAUUUCAAUUGGGUGCUGUUCUGCAGAGCAGCCAAGGCAUCUGCUUUUGGUUCCAAGUAUGAAUUUGAUGGAUUCUUGUCCAGAAUAUCGGCUCCCUGGUUCAGACAAUACACUUAUUUAUUAUUUUUGAUGCCUCUUGUCAUGAUGGCCAUGAUGGUUGGAGUCUCUAUUGUGGGAAAUGGCCUCUUCCUAACAGGUUUAAAAGUCACUUUUGAAACUAGUCAUCAAGCCAUUCCAUACACUUUGUUAAUUUUGUACAUGUGGCUUGAAAUCUAUGGAUGCCAUAAGCCUGACAAACUUCACCCACUGCUGCCACAUGCAAUUCUGACCGCUGGCUUCAUUGCAUUGGCCUUGUCAUACUUAAUUUACAGCCACCACGCAAAUUACUACGGAUCAGUUGGUGAAGGAGAAAUCAACCCGAAGGCGUAUCCCCUUGCCGAUACUGAGCUCACCAAAAAGAUCUUGAACCUCGUCCAGCAGGCGAUGAAUUACAAACAGAUGAGGAAAGGCGCGAACGAAGCUACGAAGACUCUCAAUCGCGGACAAGCGGAGUUCAUUGUGAUGGCGGCGGAUGCCGAGCCGCUUGAAAUUGUGCUCCAUCUUCCUCUUCUAUGUGAAGACAAAAACGUACCGUACGUUUUCGUGCGGUCAAAACAAGCUCUUGGUCGUUCCUGCGGAGUCUCACGGGCCGUGGUCGCGUGCUCCGUCAUUCAGAGCGAAGACUCGCAAUUGAAACCGCAGAUCCAGUCAAUCCAGUUGGAGAUCGAGAAGCUGUUGAUCUAAGAGUGUGUUGACGCGAGCCUCCCGGCGUUCUCUUUUUUUUGUACUUUCGUUCGUUCCGGGACGAGAAGUAAAAUGUUUCCCGAUCUCUGAA